AUGACCGCCGCUGUGCAUGGCAGUGCCCUCUUGGGAGUCGGAGCCCUUCAAAUCGCCCCGGAGCUGAAGACUGCGGAGGCCGAGGUCUCCUUGCAGCGCUUCCGCAAGCAUGGCGAUGUGCAGACGGAGGCGGCAGUGGCUGCUCUCCGACAGGCGGCGCAGCUGGCAUGGAGCACCCGUCGACUGGAAGAAGGCCUCCGGGCAGCAGAUGAGGCACGUCAGUUGCUUCAAGAGCGCCGCGACCGGGAAGGGGAAUUAGAAUUCUUGUCCUGGACCAUUUGUGCUCUGCGGAGACGGCGGAACGAAGCAGAAGCAAUGCGUUUUGCACGGCGGCGGUUGGAGCUCUACCGCCAGAUGCAAAUGCUCCCGCAGGUUGCAAGUAGCCUUUGCGAGAUAGCUGAGCUCAGCCUGGCUUUGGACGAGGUCAUCGAAGCGACAGAGGCCGGCCAAGCGGCCGAAUUGAUCUUCAAGCGCUUGAAGGAUCACAGAGGCGAAGCAAGGGUUCUGCUGGAGGUUGUCGCCAAGGUGGAGACAUUGAAGGGACGCACCGAUGUGGCUCAGCUGGCUGCGAAGAAUGCAGCCUCACUCUUGCGAGAAAAUGGCGACAGCGCGGGCGAAGCAAAAGCGUUGACCGCGCUGGCAGAACAGCUAGUGUCUGCAAGCCACCACGAGGAAGCUCUCGAAAUGCUCGGGGAGGCAGCGAUCAGGUUUCGCAAGGCUAAGGAGCACACGGCUUUGGCUGAAAUGUUGAUUGCAGGCGUGACUGUCCACCUGGAUGUAGGGAGCUUGUCAAAGGCGCAACAGGCAGCAGAUACUGCCCUGGGCGUUUGCCGGCAGCUCGACAAGGACGGGGCCAGUCAGCUGGCUUCCGCCCUCCUCGCUGCAGCCAGGGCCAACUUGGCAGCUGCAUCUUCCAACAGCAUCGCUGCAGCGCUGCAGCAAGCCAAGGAGGCACAAGAGUUGUCAGCUGGGCUUCAAGACGCCAACACAGAAGCAGGUGCACGGCUGCUUCUGACUGAUGCACAGAUUGCGAGCGGAAGGCUGCAGGAUGCCCUGCGUGAAGCAUCCCGGUUGGCCACCGAGAGCAGAGACAGCGGCGAUGUGGCGGGCGAGGCGACGGCCCUAUUCUACUGCUUCCGCGCACUCUGCGACUCGGGACGUCGAGACGAGGCUCUUGGCACGCU